AUGGCUUCGACCUCCGUUCCUGAGUUAGUCGCGGACAAGAAAUGCGAUAAAGCCAUCGCGGAUACCACCGCACCAUGGACUUCUCAGGGACACUCUGAAGAACCGACUGGGAAAGUCAGCAAACUGGUGCCUUCUUUGCCGAUUGUAAUUGCAACUAGUGAUGGGGCUGCAUCCAGUGGGGUGAAAGAAAACAACAAUGACAUGAGCAGUUCUGCUGAUGGUUCUGUGAAGCUGGAUGACAGUGAAGAUGCUGAGAAGAGCUCGCUGCGGUGGAGUGUUAAGGAUAGCUUGGUGUCCGCUAAAUGCAGUGACAGGGCCAGCAGCCUAUCGAAAGCCAGCGUUAGUGCCAAGGUUAGUGGUCAACCUGCUGACAUGAUCGAGAGUGGCAAGAGUAGCCUCUAUCGGGCCAGUGGUGGCAGUGAUGUGAGCGAUGAGAGCACCUGCAGUAGCAUUUGCAGCAGCGUCAGCAAGCCUCACAAGUCAAAUGACUCAAAGUGGGAAGCGAUUCAGGCGGUCCGAACGAAAGAAGGUUCCGUAGGUCUAGGUCAAUUCAGGCUACUCAAGAGGCUUGGCUGUGGUGAUAUUGGCAGUGUAUACUUAUCAGAACUUAGUGGCACUAAAUGCUACUUUGCCAUGAAGAUCAUGGACAAGGCAUCGCUAGCAAGCUGCAAAAAGCUGCUUAGAGCGCAGACUGAAAAGGAGAUAUUGCAGUGCCUGGAUCAUCCUUUUCUUCCAACAUUGUACACUCACUUUGAGACAGAUAAGUUCUCAUGCUUGGUGAUGGAGUUCUGCCCUGGAGGUGACCUCCAUACCCUAAGGCAAAAGCAGCCUGGCAAGUAUUUCCCUGAACAAGCUGCCAAGUUUUAUGUAGCAGAGGUGCUUCUUGCUCUGGAAUACCUGCACAUGCUUGGUAUCAUAUACCGUGACUUAAAGCCAGAGAAUGUUCUUGUGAGAGAAGAUGGCCAUAUCAUGCUGUCGGAUUUCGAUUUAUCCCUCCGAUGUGCUGUGAGCCCUACUCUUCUCAGAUCUUCUGACCCCAGUGGGGAUAACCAAAAGGGCAACCCAGCUUACUGUGUGCAGCCUGUGUGCAUUGAGCCUGCCUGUAUCCAGCCUUCUUGUGUCACGACAACCACAUGCUUCUCCCCUCGCUUUUUCUCUUCCAAAUCCAAGAAGGAGAAAAAAGACAAAAAGGCAAAGGCAGACUUGGCAAAUCAGGUCAGACCACUUCCUGAGCUCGUUGCAGAGCCGACUGAUGCAAGGUCUAUGUCUUUUGUUGGCACCCAUGAGUACUUGGCACCUGAAAUUAUAAAGGGUGAGGGGCAUGGAAGUGCUGUAGACUGGUGGACAUUUGGCAUAUUCCUGUACGAACUUCUCUUCGGCAAGACACCAUUCAAAGGUUCUGGGAAUAGGGCGACAUUGUUCAAUGUAGUUGGACAACCCUUAAGGUUCCCAGAAUCACCUGUAGUGAGUUUUGCUGCAAGGGAUCUUAUAAGGGGAUUGCUCAUCAAGGAACCACAGCAUCGAUUAGCAUAUAAGCGUGGAGCCACAGAAAUAAAACAGCACCCGUUUUUUGAAGGUGUUAAUUGGGCAUUAAUCAGGUGCGCCACUCCACCAGAUAUCCCCAAGCCAGUUGAGAUCCCUCGUUCUGUAGCCUCAUCAAGCCAGAAGGCUAUAUCAGCAGCUGAGAAAGGUUCAGAUUAUCUUGAAUUGGAGUUCUUUUAG